AUGGUGACUAAAGGGACUGUACUAGGGCAUGUAGUGUCAAGUAGAGGUAUUGAGACUGAUAGAGCCAAGAUUGAUGUAAUUGUUUCUUUACCUUACCUUACUUCUAUGAAAGAAGUGCACUCUUUUCUUGACCAUGCAGGUUUCUAUAGGAGCUUCAUCAAGGAUUUUAGCAGAAUUGCGUCCCCAUUAUCUACCUUUUUGCAGAAAGAUACUAAUUUACUCUUUGAUCAGACUUGGAAGGACACUUUUGAUGAGCUGAAGAGGCGCCUCACUUAUACUCCUAUCAUUCAACCUCUGACUUUGAGGUACUUGCUUAAGAAGUCAGAUUCUAAACCGAGACUAAUUCGUUGGAUGUUUCUUCUGCAAGAGUUUGACAUUAAGAUCAGAGAUAGAAGUGGUGUAGAAAACUUAGUGGUAGACCAUUUAAGCAAAAUUCAGCAGGCACUAGAGGAUCUCCCUAUUAAAGACACCUUUCUAGAGGAGCAACUUUAUCACAUUGGAGGGCAUGAUCCUUGGAAUGCAGACUUGGUGAAUUAUUUGUCUGCCAAAGAGAUUUCUACAUACUUUUCCAAAGCUCAAACUGCCAAGCUGAAGAGUGAUUUCAAGUACUACAUUUGGGAUGAUCCAUACUUAUGGAAGAUGUGCAGUGACAAGAUUAUUAGACAAUGUGUGCCCAAACCUGAAUUCUAUGGCUAUGUCUACAACUGGGUGGAGGCAAAGGCUAUUCGUACUGAUGAUGCUUGUGUUGUAGAUUUUGUGAAGUCACAUAUUUUCUGCAGGUUUGGACUUCCCAUAGCAUUAAUCAGUGACCAGAGAUCACAUUUUUGCAAUUGUACAAUGGCUGCUUUACUUCGAAAGUUUGAGGUUAUGCAUAAAGUUUCUACACCAUACCACUCUCAGACUAACGGACAAGCGAAGAUCUCUAAUUGGAAAAUAAAGGAAAUCUUGGAGAAGACUGUCCAAUCCAAUAGAAAGGAUUAG